AAAACGACCACGUUGAUCAAAUAUGCUGAGCAGCGUCCGUAUCUGCAGUUCCUCUACGUGGCUUUCAACAACUCUGUGGCUUUUGAGGCACGGCGCCGCUUUCCCUCCAACGUGGACUGCAGGACCGUCCACUCGUUAGCUUACAACGACAUUGGCAAGAGAUAUAAACUUAGUGAAAAGCUGACCUCAAACCUGAAGCCGUUUUCCAUCAACUGUGCUCUGGAGACUGGACGUGGCGGCUUCGCCAAAGCUAAAGUCGUAACCACAAUCCUCAACACGUUCAUGUCGUCAGCAGACCCAGUCAUCUCUCCCCUGCACGUCCCCAAUGACUACGUCUGCAAAAAGGACUUCAGGAAGGUUAUAGAUUCUGAAGAGAAAAAGUUGUUUAUCCAAGAUGCAAAGAUGAUUUGGAGCAAAAUGAAGGACGUCAAGGAGAAAUCCAAGCAGGCGUAUUUCAUGCCACAUGAUGGAUACCUGAAGCUGUGGCAGCUCAGGAAGGAGAAGGUGCGCCUGGCCGACCAGUACGACGCCAUUUUUAUUGACGAGGCUCAGGACUGUACACCCG